CUGUGUGAAGACACAUUUACAGCAGACAUGGCGACGUCUCCUCUCCCUGUUCUGGACGGGGACACUUGUCCAAAACUGCAGAUGGAAAAAAGAGUGAAAAACGUCUUUGUUACUCAGCUGGAAGACACCAGAGACAGGAAAAAAGAAAUGUUCUACAUACCUGCAAUGGAGACUCCAGGCAAACUCUUGAUGCCUGGAUUGAAAACGCUGAAAAAAAUGUUAAUUUCAAGAAAACAGGCCGAGCUGCAUGACGUGGAGGUCCUGCUCGCACUCAAGACACAAGAUUUCAGGAGCUGCAUGGAGGCUCUUGCUCAUAGAAGGUCCGAGCUGGAAAUGAAACAACAACAAGCUAAAGAGAAGGAGCUGAAAUUCGAGAGGUUUGUGGCUGAGAAUGAAGUGAAGCGACGGAGAGUCCUGAAACAGUGUCAAGCUACACUGGAGCAGAACAUCCUGAAACAGAGAGAGCUGGAAGACUUGACAGAACAGCUGAAAAAACUGGAAGCAAGGAGGCAAGUUUUAAAGCAGAGAACGGAAAAAUACAAAAUCUACGAGGACUAUUUGAUGAAAACUCUAGAUCAUCUCCCUAGCAUUUACCAUCACAGCAGCUACGAAUCUUUGGUCACGCCCAUCAUUCGGCGCCACGAGACGCUGUCCAUCACCCACCAGGAACUGCUGCAACGUUUGCGGCACAUGGACGUGGAGGUGGAAAAGGGUCAGCGGCAGCUGCAAAGCAUGAAGCAGCAGCACAGCAUUAAAAAACUGAUGUCAAACAAAGAAUUAUCUGAACUGCAGAGCGAGUUAGAAAGCCUCAAAGAGAAGAACAAGCAGGCUGAGGUUAACCUGCUGAUGAAACAAGAUAUAUCAAGAGACAAGGUUGAAGAAGUUGGAAAAUUACUUAUGGCUGUCAACAAUCUAGCACAACAGUGUUACCUUCCAGAGUUUGGACCGCUGGAAAGCAUGAGUGUACUGACUAUGAUGGACAUGGUGAAGGUAACAUCCUCAUGAGUUCAUUCUGGACAAGGCGGACACCGAGAGGAGAGCGAGGAGGCUGGAGUCCUGCUCUACAACAGCUUUGACUGACAAACGAUGGAGAGAUUCACUAAAAAGCAUCGGAAGCAAAACCCAAAUCAAAAGUUCAAGUAAAGUUAGUAAAUGACUGAGACAUUCAACUGA